AUGUUAUUUGUGUGUAAAGGUGUUAGUUUUGUAUGGCAUGAUGUCCUCAAUUGGUUUCAUAUUGAUAGAAGGCCUGGAAAUUUGCAAAGAGAAUUGGAAUGGAUGAGAAAGAUUGCAAAUAGAAAAGGGUGGCAGAAUCAAGAGAUCAAGAUUGCUUUUGCUGAAACUCAACAGCAGAAAGUUGGAGCAUCAGGUGAUGUUCAAGAAUUUGGUCCUGAUGUAAAAACAAUAACUAAAAGGAGUGUCAAUAUGGACGCCGCUUUGGAGGACAAGAUUUGUGAUCUCUAUGAUAUUUUUGUUGAUGGCUUGGAUGAAAAUGCAGGUCCACAGAUCAGAAAGUUAUAUGCCGAGCUUGCAGAAUUAUGGCCAACUGGUUACAUGGACAACCAUGGGAUCAAACGUGGAAUUUGCAGGGCAAAAGAGAGGUGCAGAGCAUCAUACACAAAAAAUAAGCUGCAUAUCAUGAAGAAAUCUAAGCAGUGUGAGAGUUUAAGGCUCAAAUAUAAACGUUUACGUUAUCGUCAUUUCAAAUAUGUAUGCAUAUACAAGCCUGAUAUGGGUACUCUUCAUUUGUGGAAAUGUUAUUGUGUUCGUCUGCAAUGCUUGGAUCCGGAGUGUCGUAUCAGUAGGCUUCGCAGAGUUAGCUUGGUGAUCGGUGGUCUGUUGCAGGAUCUACACUGUAAUCCAGUUCUUGAGCUUCGGCUGCUUGCAAUUCUGUUUCGGGGGUAUCGAUCGGGCUGCGGGUACGUGGUUAAGGUGACAUUUGCAGUGUUUGGUUGCUAA